AUGUCCAAGCGGGAACAUGUAGCUGAUGGAAAUGACGUCAAGAGAAUGUUUGCAAAAGAUAUGCUCUUGAGUCUUGAGUGUAUUGUUCCUCACGGACCUAAAUUAAUCUCUCCGAUUGUAGCUUGGGGCGCCUAUUUUGCAUCAUAUCAACAUAUUCUCAACCUUGAAAUCGAGGGUUUGGCCAGUGGUGUCUGA